AGAGUGUUGCCGCCGUGGAAUCAAAGUCACCACCGCCGGUGAUGCCUACACGGAAGAUGUGGCGGAUUAUGCAGUUGGGCUAUUGAUAGAUGUUCUUCGUCGGUUGUCAACUGCUGAUCGAUUUGUGCGGGUUGGAAUGUGGGCUUCAAAAGGAGACUACCCUCUUGCUUCUAAGUUAGGGGGGAAACGUGUUGGGAUUGUGGGGCUUGGAAGUAUUGGUUCUGAGAUUGCGAAGAGGUUAGAGGCUUUUGGCUGCAUCAUCGCCUACAAUUCGAGGAAGAAGAAGACACAUGUAACCUUCCCAUUUUAUGAAAGUGCUCAUGACCUUGCAAGGAAUAGUGAUGCUCUCAUUCUCUGUUGUGCAUUAACAAAUGAAACUCGCCACUUGAUUAACAAGGAUGUCAUGAAAGCUCUGGGAAAGACUGGUGUUAUUGUCAAUGUCGGACGCGGGCCUCUCAUUGAUGAGAAGGAAUUAGUACAAUGUUUGCUACGAGAUGAGAUUGGAGGAGCUGCUCUUGAUGUUUUCGAGAAUGAACCACAUGUGCCAGAAGAGCUACUUGCAUUGGACAAUGUUGUGCUCUCUCCACACGGAGCUAUGGCAACCCCGGAAUCCUUUUCAGCAUUAGUUAGCGUAAUUUUGGGUAACUUGGAUGCAUUCUUCGCGAACCAGCCCUUGCUUUCAGAGAUGAAACUUAAAUAACAAAAUAAUCUUCUUUUGUCUUAAAUGCAUGACUAUGUUAUCUAUUCUCAG